CCUUUCCGUUGACCCGUCUCUCUCCGAUUCAACAACCCGCCUCUGCCCUUGCUCAACCUCGCCCUCCUCCCGCUGUCGUUCUCCCGUUCUCGCGUCCUCCAGCCCUCGUCGCGACGACAGAGACGCAUCGAACCGACCGAUCAACCGACCCAGAACGCCUGCGAAUUCCCGUGCGCCUUCCCCCCCGCUACUCGACCAUGUCCUCCGCCGCCUCCUCCCCCUCGUCCCUCGCGCACCUCCUCCCCCCGAGCUGGAAGACCCAGGUCACGGCCUGGCUCGCCGAGGACACGCCCUCGUUCGACUACGCCGGCUACGUCGUCGGCGAGGCGCCGCGCACCGCCACCCUCUGGGCCAAGUCGGCCGGCGUCGUCGCCGGGCGGCCCUUCUUCGACGAGGUCUUUGCGCAGUGCGGCUGCGCCGUCGAGUGGCACCUGGACGAGGGCGCCGACGUCGACCCCAGCAGCCAACAAGACGGCAAGGUCAGGGCCGCCACCGUCAGGGGCCCCGCGCGCGGCAUCCUCCUCGGCGAGCGCGUCGCCCUCAACACCAUCGCCAGGUGCUCCGGCGUCGCCGCCCGCUCCCGCGCCCUGCUCACCCGCAUGCGCGCCGCGGGCUACACCGGCAUCCUCGCCGGCACGCGCAAGACGACGCCCGGGUUCCGCCUCGUGGAAAAGUACGGCAUGCUGGUGGCGGGCGUGGACGGCCAUCGCACCGACCUCAGCUCCUGCGUCAUGCUCAAGGACAACCACGUCUGGAGCAGAGGCUCGAUCACGGACGCUGUGCGCGCCGCCAAGCGCGUCGCCGGCUUCAGCUUGAAGGUCGAGGUCGAGGUGCAGUCCGAGCAGGAGGCUGACGAGGCAAUCGAGGCGGGCGCCGACAUUGUCAUGCUCGACAACUUUACCGGCGACGGCGUCAAGGUCGCCGCGCGCAGCCUCAAGGAGCGAUGGCAGGGCAAACGCCAUUUCCUCAUAGAGGUGUCCGGCGGCCUGAGGGAGGACAAUGUUGAGCCAUACAUUUGCAACGACGUGGAUAUUGUGUCGACGAGCUCCAUACACCAAGGCGUCACGCAUUUGGAUUAUUCGCUCAAAAUCGAGCACCGGGAGCCGCAAAAUUUCGUUGCAUUUUAGCACCGCGCUGAAUCGAUACAAACUCAUCUCGACCCUAGUUGCUUGCCUCAGAGUCCUUGCUCUUGGAUGUAAACAGCCCUGUCAGCGCCGAGCUGCCGUUCCACCUUGUCCACCGAGGAUUGCGUUUCGCCGUGGCUUUGCGGCUCGCCACCAGUAUUCUAUCCUUGGCCAUUCCCCAGGAUCUCCCGAACAGUCUUACCUUGUUCGUCCACAUCGCCGCAGCAUUGCACCAGUACGCUCGAUUGGUUGCGAGUAGAAGGGACAUCCAAGGCGGGGUUGCUUGUGAAGAAGUCAGCUGGGCG